CUUCAACCAUUAGCACCAGGACCCAAGCAUUAUUGGUGCUCCUGCUGCCUGUUCAUGUUGUCUCACUGUGAAGAGCAAGCCUGAGGUUGGGUCAAGGAUUGCAGUCACUGUCAUCACAAUCUUGCCUAUCGAAGAGCCUCGACUUUGAUCCUGCUCUUACCUCCUUCAAGCUUGUCUCCUAGUCAUCCUUCCCAUACUGGCUAGAUGCUUGCUUCUCAGCCAUUGUCGGGUGUCUCCUGCCACGAUGGUCCUUCGCAGGCCAAGUCCUUCAGGCUGCGGAGGACCGGAAACCCAGAUCGUUCAUAUAUGGAGCGUUUCCAAAGGACGUCAUGCUCGAUAUCGGGGGAAUACCCUUAUGCUGGCUCGGACGAUGAAGGGUCGAUGACAAUGGAUGAACGGUAUGUAGGUGGUUUCUGCUAAAGCUACUACAGCUAGGUCGUUGGAAAUCGUUAUGAUGUCGUUCAAGCUCCGACAAUAUCUCCUCCCCCCAGUCUACUUCCACCAACAGACCACACGACUAAGCGAUCGCAAGGUUGAAUCUGUCCUUAGGGCGCUCUUCAGCUUCAUGUCCUGCGCUUUGUUCAUUCACUUGGUUUGUUUAUUGACAAUGCUCGGCAAGAAAAAUGCUCUCUCACAUCUACCCACGUUACUCACUACCUGAGAAAUUCCUCUUUCUGUUGAUUCCUCAUCAUCUCCAAUCUCUUGUCUGCACACCAUAUUGGGAAAGACAUCUCGCAACCAGUGUCGGAUGCAAUGAGCUCUCAUUGACACCAUGCCGACACUGAAAGAUCUUGUCUGCCACGUCCAGUGGACAGACACAGGUUCUCCCUUUCCUGAAUAUGGCACGCAAUAUGGAGAUGGUGUUGUCGAAACCUACAUUGCAAUCCCUAACCAUCCUCAAACCUUCAACGUGCGCCUCACCUCCGAGCGGUUCAUCUUCGAAGGCCUAGUUAUGGUGGUCUUCAUUGAUGGCAAUUAUCAAUGCAACCGAGUUCGAGUCAAUCUGCAACCUCACAAAAAAGGCUUGCCGGAAAACAGAUCCAAUAUCGAUUUCGUUGUUAGACAAAAAGAAAAGCCUCUAGGCGAUGGAACAUUCGUGGGAAGAGAGUGGCGCUUCGACGACUGCAAUAUUGUUCCACAGUUGCCGGCCGGAGUUAGUGAAAGCCAUUUUGAAGAGCUGGGAACUAUUGAGGUCCUGGUGCUGAGAUGUCGCAGCAACAACCCGAAUGAAUUCGAGAUCUCCAGUGACUCCUCAGGAGAAGACAGUGCAAUUCUUGAGGGCAAAAACCAUGAGGACCAGGCUGAAAGCGACUCUGUUGAUUUCAAGUCUGCCAAAACAUCUCAAUACCAACCGGAGCCUGAAACAGAAUUCGGAGCUCUUGGGGGCAUCUUUGAUGGAGCUGCUGAUCCACCGCCAUUUUCGCAAGUCUCCCAUGGUGACGCUCCUGCAGAUGGUUAUCCUCCAUGGAGAUACAUGCCGCAUGAGAGUUCGCGCUAUCCGCAAGCGCACUUUCCAGGACCUGUUCUAGAAGAUACAUAUCAGUAUCCACGCCGGCCCGUACCACCUCCCCGUGCUCCAGUCGAGUAUGAUCGUCCUCGACCAGAGCGGCAUGUCCAUUUCGACUACGGAGAUGGCAGAAGACUCGAUACUGGAUACGAGGAUCAUCACCCACGCCGUCGAUUCGAGCCAGCAGAUGAGUACCAACGGCACGACCACUACACUGGCAGAAACCCAUAUGCUGACUAUCCUCCACACCGUGCAGAGCGACACUAUGAGUAUGGUGGUGGUCUUCGAGACUACGAUGAUUAUCCAGCAACAUAUCAGGAUUAUGCCAGAUAUCGGCCACGUUCUCCCGGUCCCGAUUUCUAUCCAGCUGGUCCACCUCCCAGUUUCCCAAGUGUGCCAGGCCUUUCGAAUCCUAGGAGCGCACCAAGCCACCCAGGCAUGGGUUCAUUCGCCCCCAUUGCUCGACGGCCAGGUGCAAAUAUACCAACGGUGUGGCCAAAUGUACAUCCGCAGUCUGUUCCGCAGCCAUUUCCUGUCUGGAUCCCUCCACCAGCUGUUGCAAUUCCUCCACCAUAUCCUGGGACAAUCCCAAUUUACCCGCCCCCUGGCAAUGCGCCAUUGUUUCACACUCAGAAUCAUGGCUAUCCUCUCGGUACUCAAAACAUUGCGCCUACUGCUGGUGUGGCUCCAGUUCAGAACUAUAACCAACAGAAUGCAGGCUCCACUCUGCCACAAGGCAGCCUCGCGUCCCAACAAGCCACCCACAGCUUUGCCAAUCCGGCGCCCGUUGUUCCGAACAACAGCACUGGUGUUGGCGCAUGGGCAAACAACACUGGCGGUGCUAAUCCUCAGCACAACACAUCAGUAGGCAACGGUGGGGUUAAUACUGGCAACAAUGAUGGCAGGGGUGUUCCCGAUAACAACGUUCAAACCAACACUCAGGAGAACAAGAGCCGGGAUGCUGGUAACAGCAGCAACGAUCAGACUUGGAAAUCUAACAACAAUAAUGAUACCACAAACAACGCUGAUGAUUGGGGUGGUAAACCUGCCACUCCUAUCCAGGGUCAGGGCCGGGAGAACAACACAGACGAUGCCGGCAACGGUACUUCGACCCAGGACCACCAGAAUCAAGGUAGUGGUUGGGAUAACAACAGUGCCAACAACGAUACUGGGGCCAAUCAAGGUAGUGGUUGGGAUACCAACAGUGCCAACAACAAUACCUGGGCCAAUCAAGGUCAGGACAACAAUACCACAGAGAACGACAAGCCUGGUGAAGGCUGGGGUAAUGUUAGCACGUCAAACACCAAAGAAGCCCCGAAGCAGGCUGUCUCGAAAUCGAGCAAGACAGCACUGUAUGGGCCUCAUGGCCCUUACCAGGCUCCGAGAUUUCUUGCAAAUACCGAUGUUCCCAUUGUUGCUGAAGAGGAACCAAGAUAUGAUGUCCCGCAAGCUGUUGCGCAAGCUCAUGGCACGUCGAAGCAGGUCCAACCAGGAAGAGGUUAUCUCUAUAGUAAGAAGAGCUGUCAUCCAGAGUACGUCGAUUCCCUGGACAAACCUUAUGCGCGGUUUGUCUUCAAAUACCGAACAAAAGAUCAAGUCAAGAAAGAGACUGGGAUUGACGUUACUGUCGAGCCUACCGGGAACGAAGAUGUGAAUGCUCUGGCGGCGCUGAACAAGGAGGAGCUCAUUCAGAUUGUGAUCCGAGCAAAAGGCGCUUUGAAAGGGGCUAUUCCGGACGCACCAGCAAAGACAUCCACUCCUGCUCCGGUGCAGGCUUUUGAACCAGUGCCACUUCCUGCCCCUGAACAUGACUAUCUCAAAUACAAGCUGCCAACAGGCCGACAAGGCUCUGGUCUCGUUGGGUUGGGAAUCAGAUUCCCGAACUCAGGCUCUGGCGCUAGAGGCGCUAGUAAUAGUAACAACAACGGGAGCAGCGGUGACAACAACAAUGGAAGCAGCGGUAACAACAACAACAACUGGAGCAGCGGCGACAAUAACAACUGGAGCAACGGCGACAACAACAAUUGGCAGGCAGGAGGAGAUAGCAAUCAGCAAGCGUCCAAUGGUGGGAACAAUCAGUCUUGGGCAGCUGAGGCACCAGGCUGGAAUGAUGGAGGCACUCGUCAAUGGGAUGGACCGGAGGAAGCCGACAAUGCUGUCAAGCAGAAAGAUCAAGGCCAAAGCCAGAAACGCCCCAGGGAUGAUUCAGACCGAGUCAGCGUUGAGUCUAGCAAGACGACAAUUGACCAUCGCCCAAAGCUCGAUCCCCGUCGCCCCGGUUCAGGAAUCAGUCCAAAGGACAAGUCUGGACUUUCGAAAACCAGUCCUCAACCAGCGGUCUGGCAGAAUCCAUUUGGACCUUCCGCCCCAGUGCCAUUUCAAGUUAAGACUUCCAUAUUCGGCAUUCAGGCUCCAGCAAAACCCUUGUCAGACACGAUUGGCCUUACAACUCAACCUCGCACAGGACCGUAUGCUGACUACACUGGUCCUGGCGCACCAAACCAAUUUGGCAUUCCCAAUCUUCCUCCAGAUUCGGCUUAUGCAAUGCCUGGCCCGUCAAAUUCGGGGAAGAUCUGGGACAGCUAUUUCACGCAACCGCUUGAAACGUACACUUCUGCCCUGGAUUACGCCAAGCCGAACGCUGCAACAGGCGCCAAUUCGCACGGUCAAGGUACCACUGCAGCAGACCCAUUGAACCCCUAUGGCAUCACUGGACCCGGUCCGCGUCCACCUAGUCCAGGCCCGGACGUCUACAUCCCACCACUCAGUCCUUCACCCGACCCGAAUGAAUACCGUUAGCGGAAGCGGAAGCGGAAGCACCAGCAACUAGCCAAAACGUCGCUCUGGGCUGAGAAGAGAUUUGGACCAAUCCGCGAAUGGCAGGCCUUGGAGACGAGCUUGAAGAAACGCGGUGGUAUCAACAACAGGAUGGCAGAAGAAGAUAUCAGUGUGAGCAUGGACAGUAUCGACAAGCAUUUCGGAUCAAGCCAUGGAAAGAGCCCCUAAGUCGAACAGUCCUAAGUCCCAAACCGUUCUUGUUUGUGUAUCAGAACCGCAUCCAUGUCAGUGUACACAGUCUACCCAUGCUUGCUUGCUUGGUCAGUCAGGGCCUACAGCAGCACCAUUCCCCCAGUUUUCUAGUAUCAUGAGCUUAGCUCGAACAACAGCAUUGGAUCGAUAUUGACAAUAAUCG